AUGGCAGGGGGCUCCGAGAAGGUGCCCAUCGCCCGAGUGGGGCCCGACGAUGUGGAGCUGUGCCUACCCCCCGUGAGUGCUGCCGGCAGGCACCGGGCGGGACGGGGUGGGAUCGCGACAAAGCGUAUGGGCGCGUACGCGGCGGCCGCGCCCCCCGGGCCGGGGCGGCUGCUGAAGGCCGGGGCCGCGGUGCUGAUCGCCGGGGCCCUCCUGCUGCUGGCCGGGGCCAUCGGAGCCUUCUACUUCUGGAAAGCCACGGAGCGGCAGGUGUACAACGUUCACUAUACUAUGAGCAUUAAUGGAAAAGUACAAGAUGGAUCAAUGGAAAUAGAUGCUGGAAACAACUUAGAGACAUUCAAAACAGGAAGUGGGAGUGAAGAGGCUGUUGAAGUCCAUGAUUUUCAGAUCGGCAUAACCGGGAUCCGUUUUGCUGAAGGAGAAAAGUGUUACAUCAAAGCUCAGCCGAAAGCUCACAUCCCUGACGUUGAUGCUAUGACUAAAGCAAGCCUCUCAUCUGAGCUGGAAGAUGAAAUCAUGCCUGUGAGAUUUGACAAAAACUCCCUUAUCUGGGUGGCUGCAGAUGAGCCUAUCAAGCAUAACAGCUUCCUAAGCCCCAAAAUUUUAGAGCUUUGCAGGGAUCUUCCAAUUUUCUGGCUGCGACCAACAUAUCCCAAAGAUAACCAAAGGAGAGAAAUGAAGAGAAACAAGCGCCAAUCUGAAUCAAACUUUGAUGAGGAAGACUUGGAAGCUACUUCUGAAGAAGUAAACCCCAGGUCACGCACUGUGCAGCUCACUGAAGAGCUUGGCCACCAGGCCAAUGAAACCAGGCCAAUGGGACAAGAAACCGAUCAAACAUUUAACCCAGACAACCCAUACAAUCAGCUGGAAGGUGAAGGGAUGGCUUUUGACCCCAUGCUGGAUCACCUGGGCGUGUGCUGCAUUGAGUGCCGACGAAGUUACACCCAGUGCCAGCGGAUCUGCGAGCCCCUCAUGGGCUACCACCCCUGGCCUUACAACUACCAGGGCUGCCGCACCGCCUGCCGCAUCAUCAUGCCCUGCAGCUGGUGGGUUGCUCGUAUCAUGGGCGUUGUGUGACAAAAUCCCUUGACCAAAAAACCCAAACUGGAUUCUUGACAAAAUAAGCAGGAAUACAAUGAACUGGUAGAAGACUAAAACCAAAGCAGCGGUACCGAUCCUGCCUUACAAAAAUCAGAGCUUGUUUUCCUACACCAAAAGCAAGGUCAGAUGUUCCAAUUGCAAAUUAAAAUCUCAAGUUAACAUUCAUUAGCUUUACAAGAGGCAAGGGUAUAAUAACACUUCUUGAAUUAAAAAACAGACAUCCUAAAAAAAGACAAUAUUAAACUUUGCUCACAAUUGGUUUAGCAGUCCA